AUGCCUUCCUACAUCGAUGGCGGGAUGCUGCCGCCGCCAGCAGCAUCAAUCCGUGGCCGCGACCACACGUAUGGCGGCAACAAUGCCUUUCACAACUUCUACAACGACUAUUCACACAUUACCGAUCCCAACCUGCGGAGACGCCUGGCCUUGUCCGAGAUUGACAAGGUCCCUUUUGGAUUCUACCAUGUCCGAGCCGUCCUGGUCGCUGGAGCUGGAUUCUUUCUCGAUUCCUACGACAUCUUCGCCAUCAACCUCAUCACUACCCUCCUUGGGGUCGUCUUUUACAGCAGCGAUACCUCCUUCAACGGCUACGGAGGCAACGACGGAAUUCUACCCGAUCCUGUCAACCAAGCGCUCAAGGCCUCGACCAGCGGCGGUAUUGUCCUGGGAAUGAUAAUCUUUGGCUGGCUUGCCGAUGCGCUUGGCCGACGCCGUAUGUACGGCAUUGAGCUCAUCAUCAUCAUCAUUGGCACAUUUGGCUGUGCGCUUGCCUCUCCGAGUCCGACGAUUAGUGCCGUCGGCCUGCUGGUAUUCUGGCGUGUCAUGAUGGUAUACAAGACCCUCCACCCACCCCCUUCCAUCCCGCUCAUCCGCGGCAUAACAAAGCUAACGUGGCUCCAGGGCAUCGGCAUUGGUGGUGACUACCCCCUUUCUUCAGUCAUCACAUCAGAGUUUGCGCCGACACGCUGGCGUGGGGCCAUGAUGGCUGCUGUCUUCUCCAUGCAGGGCCUGGGUCAGCUUUUAGCCGCCAUUGUUGCGCUUAUCACUACCGUGGCGUUCAAGAAACAUUAUAUCGACAUUCCGGCAGAAGGAGCCUGCGAUUUGGCAUGCAGGGAGGCCGCUGAUCGAUCGUGGCGAAUCGUCGUCGGCGUUGGUGCCAUCCCUGCGGUCCUGGCCCUGUACUAUCGUAUCACCAUCCCCGAGACACCUCGCUACACCUUUGAUAUCCAAAACGACAUUGAAAAGGGUGAUGCCGAUAUCCGAGCAUACGUGGCGAGCCGGCCAAAGGGCGACUUUAGCUCCAUGAAGCGAUCCCGGUCGGGUACCCUGACUACAGAGCAACCACUCGAUGUGCCGCCGGCUUCGUGGCCGGACGUGAUUAGCUAUUUUGGCCAGUUGAAAAACUUCAAAGUAUUCGUUGGCACAACCAUGUCAUGGUUCUUUCUGGACCUCGCAUUUUACGGUCUAGGCUUGAACAAUACCAUGGUCCUUAGUGCCAUUGGCUAUGCCACCGGACGUACACUGUACCACAAACUGUACAACCAAGCCGUUGGAAUGAUCAUACUCGCAUGUGCCGGGUCUAUUCCUGGCUACUGGGCUGCCGUCUUCACAAUCGACAGCGUCGGCCGCAAACCCCUCCAGUUCGCCGGCUUCCUUAUGCUGACCGUCAUCUUCUGCAUCCUCGGCUUCUACUUUCACCACUUGAGCGAAGGCGCGAUGCUCGCCCUCUACAUUGUCGCGCAGUUUCUCUUCAACGCCGGCCCCAACACGACGACCUUUAUCAUUCCCGGAGAAUGCUAUCCUACACGAUACAGAUCCACUGGCCACGGCGUUUCCGCAGCUUCGGGUAAGAUCGGCGCCAUCAUCGCCCAGGUCAUCAGCAUUCCGAUUCUGAGGAAGGACUCUCCUCCCAACUGCUCGGGGAACCAGUGCUCGCCACACCUGAAUCGUCUUUUGCAACUUUUUGCCCUCUUUAUGCUUCUAGGCACGCUGGUCUCGCUUUUGGUACCGGAGACCAAGGGGAUGACGUUGGAGGAACUUUCGGGCGAGACCCGCACAAGUUACAACGCUGGUUGCAACGGCAGUAUCAACAUGACUUCACCUCGACUGCGGCCGUGGAAUCCGUUUAGCGGUGGCCGGCCGGCCGGGUUCUUCUAUCCGCGAGCACACAGUAGCACGUUUGGCAACGGCCGACGCUCCCCCCGGGUUGGUAUCAUGGAGUCCCCCGAGAUAUUCGCCCAACACGACCCAUCCGGACAGAGGACACGCUUCUGGCGGAGGCGAAACCGAAAGUCACAGGCCCGAAGCGAUAGAACCGACGAGAUUGCCCUUAGCCAUCGCCCCAGCAGCUUUCACGAAAACGCCGGCUCGGACGAGAUUACGCUGACGGACGGCUUUAUGGCACCGGGCGCGGCGAGCUCGUCGCGAUUCCGACCACAAUACGCGCAACAAGAGUUGCCUAGCUGGGGAGCAGGCUGGGGCAGAAUAGACAGGGGAGCGCCGCCUCCUCUGUCGACAUCGAUGCAGCUGCAAGAUGUCGGGUCACUUUUGAAAGACUAA